AGUUGUCCAAGCAGUAUGGGUCCGGUAUACACCAUCCAUUUAGGAAUGUCUAAGAUGGUUAUCCUGUGUGGAUAUGAUGCUGUAAAAGAAGCUCUAGUCAACUAUGCAGAUGAAUUUGCUGACAGACCAAAAACACCAUUAUUUUAUAAGAUCCAAAAGGAUCACGGCAUCGUAUUUUCCAAUGGCGAAAGCUGGAAGGCAAUGAGAAGAUUCACUCUAUCAACUCUACGAGAUUAUGGAAUGGGGAAGAAAGGAAUAGAAGACAAGAUUAAUGAAGAAGCU